CGCGCUCACUCGUGUCUGACGUAGAAGGGCUUCUUGGAAGAAAACAUCGCACAUGCAACUGAUUCACAUAAUACGUAUGAAAGGAAAUAACAGAGGAAAACACCAAAAAUAAUGGCUUUGCUGGUAUUUCCCGAACCCUUUGAGAAAAUGGGAUAGUGAUGGAGACGCAAUAGUAAAAGCGCGCUGGUGCUGAUGCUGAUCGCAGGCUGACACAAAAGAGCGUUCACGGCGUGUUUAAUUGCGGAUUAAAGCUUGCACAACAACGGGACGUUUCUUUAUUAACGGGGAGCCAGACGCGCGACGUAAAUCGUUGACAGCAUCGCUCGGAUGGUGGUGCCGUGGACCCCGCGACUAUGUCACUACAGCGCUGGGUGAUUGUUCUGGUGGGGGUGAUGUCGUACUUUAACCCAGAGAGAGCGCUGGGAGCCCCGCAGAACGAAGUCUCUCUGUCCCGGAACGGCUCUCUCUCUCCUCCUCCUUAUGUGAUAAUUCUCAUCUCCUGCUCUGGGCUGGUGUCUUUUGUUCUGUUGCUUCUCACCUGCCUUUGCUGCAAAAGAGGAGCAGUGGGAUUCAAUGAGUUGGAUAAUGUUGAAGGAGAGGAAUGUUCUGGGGCAUCCAGCCCUGUUCCUGAGGACAGUGUGUCUUCCUGUCCAUCAUUACCAGAGGUCUACACCCUCCCGCUGCGGGACAAGGCCUGGCCCACCAUACCCAACGGCACGGAUGGUUCUCAAUGUUUCCGAAGGCACACCCUUAACUACCUGCAGGAGAUCGGAAAUGGCUGGUUUGGGAAGGUAAUCCUGGCUGAGGUGCUUUGUGAUUGCACUUCCUAUCAGGCUGUGGUAAAGGAACUGAGGGUCACUGCCAGUCCUUUGGAACAGCGAAAGUUUUUGGCAGAGUCAGAACCAUACAGAAGCCUCCAGCAUCCAAACAUCCUCCAGUGUUUGGGUCAGUGCAGUGAAACCAUUCCUUUCCUUCUUGUCAUGGAGUUUUGUCAACUGGUGAGAACCCUUAUGCGAUAGGACAUUAAAUCACAU